UAUGUCUGCGCCCAUGGAAGUUUGAUCUGCUGAAAAUUGAAAUGGUUAAUUCAACUCUAAGUAUUGACGUUCUUUCAGUUUUUAACGAUGAAAACUUCGAGUUUUUAUUUGAUUAUUUUAAUGAUAAGCCUGAAUGUUCUCAGUGUAAGAAACUUAGAGGAAAACUUGGCAUCCAAAAUGAGAGCAGAAAGAAUGGCAAGAAUGAGAUGUGGUUAUGAAUUAAAAACACUUUGGACAGCUGAGCUAGCUCAUGCACCAUUUGCUGCGGCUCCUCUUUUAACCCACAUAAAUGAUGAUGAAAUACUGGACAUUGUGGCUGCUCCAUUUAGUGAGAGCUUCUCUGUAUUAAAUUCAGAAACUGGCAAGAUAUUGCAGAAAACUGCAUGGCCAGCACUUAAUCUGGAUAAUUCUGUUCAUGCCAGUCCAAUUCAGUUUGAUGUCGAUGACGAUGGACAGUUAGACAUUCUCUUUACAAUGUCUUCAGCUGAAUUAAGAUUUUAUACACCUAAUGGACACUUGUUAAGAGAUAAAACAAUUCAGCUUCCCCCAGCUUAUGUAGCAGCUGAUUGGUAUAAAUUAGAACUCACUGUCAAAUUUGAAGAUCUAAAGAAAUAUACCUCACUGACACAACGAAAGGACAUUAAUUAUCUGCCAAUUGAUCCUCAUGUUUUGGCCACACCUGUGCUUGCUGAUAUUAACAAUGACAACAGAGUAGAAGAAUUAGUGAUCCCUGUCUCUUAUUUCUAUGAGGAGGAUGACUACAGGGUGAAUGAAAAGUUGGAGAGAUUAGGUGGUCUGAAUUUCUCUGAUAUUGACAAAUACUUAGUGGCUGGUGUUACUGUGAUGAAUUUAACUACAGGGGAGACCUUAUGGAGCUCUCUCUUAGAUCUCACACAGGUUGAUGCAACAUUCCCUGCCUACAAUAUCUUCUCUCCCACUGUGAUUGACCUUGAUGUGAAGGGAGGUCAACUAGAGGUCAUUGUAGGCACAUCUGCUGGGAGCCUCUUUGUAUUCAACCAUGAUGGCUCCUUACGGAAAGGCUGGCCCAUUAGUCAAAAUACCAUACAUGGACAGAUAACAGCGACAGACUUGGCUGGAGAUGGAGUUGUGAAGUUAAUAACUAUAGACACCAGCUCCAAUGUUAUCUGUUAUAACAAAGGGGGUAACAAGUUGUGGGAAUCCACCGUCUCUGGUACCUCGUCCCCGGGGAGUCGUGUGUAUGAUGUCAACAGAGAUGGGGUCCUGGAUCUCAUUAUUACUACAAAUGAUGGGUAUAUCUAUGCAUUAAAUGGUGUGGACGGUGCAGUGAUAGAAGGUUGGCCUAUCUCUAUUGGUGCCCGAAUGACUGCCAAUGUUCUUAUCUCUCGAGUUUCCACCACGCAUACCACUCCAGACAUGGUGGUAGUAGCAGAUGAUGGAUCAAUCCACUUAAUAUCCAUGGAUCUAAAAUGUAAAUCACAGAUUCCUAUUGGUGAAACUUCAUUGGUCCAGGUUUUGUCACAUGACUUAGUGAAAUGGUUCUCUGGGAUGGAGCUACUGGUUGCUACUAGUGAUGGCACAGUGAUGUGCUUAGCAACUGGACCAGAACAAGCAGAAAUUCAGGAGAGUACUGACAAAGCUUUAAGGACUAACCAUAUGUGGUCAUUGUCAUCUGAAACAAAGACAGUAAAUGACUUCUCCUUUUCAGAGAGAAAGCCAGGAGUGUAUGUAACAUUGUUCACCAGAAAGCAACUAGAGGUGACAGGAGAGACAUUUCCUGUGGAGUUUGAAAUCAUUGACCCAACAUUCAAACAAGGCACAUCCAAGUAUUUCAUCUCUAUAUAUUAUGGGAAUCGUCUAUUGAUGAAUGGAGAAUUUCCAGAGCCUAAGACAUAUUAUGUAUAUGUGCCAGCGGGGGAGGAGCCAAGUCAUGGUCAUGUGACUGUGAGACUGACCAAUCAGUAUGGACAAGUAUUUGAGGACAGAUUCUCAAUUAGAUUUAACAAACUUAUAAUGGAGGAUCUUCAGUGGUUGUUGUUAGCUCCCUUUGUUGCCAUGGUUAUACUCUUGUUAGUGCUACAUGGUUUCCCAGCAAAAGACUUGUUACCUUACACAAAUCAGUCCAAAAGCAAGUGACAGCAGGAUGUAGUAUCCAUUAAUACACUGAUUUCAUUGGAUCUCAAGUUUGGGUGCAUUUUUGGUGCAACUAAGAAAAACUGUUUUUCAGAUUGAACCUUCAAAAGAUUGAAUGUCUGAACCAUUGAUGCUGUUACUUAAUCUGCAUGCCAAGAACUAGUGCGAAAAAAAGGGCUGUGGAAAACAAAUACCUGUGGCUCAGGUUGUGAUCUUGAAAGGCAAACAUUUUUUUUUCAAAACCUUCCAGAAUGGUCUGUGAUCAUAAUUCAUAGCGUGAAUGUAACAAAUUAUUAUUUUGGUCCAUUUUAUGUACUUAUUUCUACGCAAUUAUGUUAAUGAUGUCAUUUCAUACCAGAUGUGAAUAAGAUGUUAAUGUGGCAAAACAGGGUGCGAAUAGUUCUCCCAUACAUUGGCAUAUAAAUUAUAAAAUUCAUAACAUUUGCAUAUAUUGAUCAUCACAAUUGUACAAACAUUGUAUAUAAUUUUAACUAGACUGAACCAAAGUAAGAAUGUGUUUUACUUACAAUAAACAGUACUGUACAUUUUUGGAGUGAUAGGCAUGUAGGUUAGAAUGAUAUGUAAAGUAUUUUUAAUCUGUUCAAAUCAUGAACUCCAUGACUGGAUUGGGGUCACAAAAAGGUUUAUUUCUAAGAUCAAAGGGAGUAAUGUGAGUGGUGUGGUCUGAGAAAAUUUCAUUUAAAUUUGCCAUUUUUUUUCUCUCAUAAUUUUGACUACAGAAAAAGAACAGAAUCAAAUAAAAAUCAAAAUUCUUUUGGGGAAAAAGAGACAAAACAUGAAUGAGGACUUAUUGAGUGUAUGUUCAAGUUUGUGUGAAAAUCCUGGCAGCUUGUGGUAGGACAAUUAAACAGUUAUGUAAGCAUUCCCAUAAAUUGUAAAAUCAGAAAUGUUAGAUUAUUUUCCCUGGGGCUAGGAUAAUUCCUCAAUAAUGAUAAGAAUUUAACAAAGGAGAAUAUAUCUAGAGACAAGUCUUCAAAAUUCUACCCAGGGACAUUGGGGCUAAAAUAAGUCAUAUUGAUACAUAUUAAUCUAAAACAGUGGGGCUAGGAAGGGGCUACAAUAAGGACUAAAAGUUUACACAGAAAUAAAUAAGCUUCUGCAAACACAACAAGGUAAAAUGUACAAACUUCCCAAAAAACUCAGGAUACUGUAAAUUGAAAUUGUUUGAAAUCACACAGUUCAAGCUCAAGGCUAGGUAUAGUGGUCUCAUUAUCCAUAUAGUUGUCAGAAAGGGAAGAGUGAUUCAGGUGAGUGUUGUGGCCUUUUGGGCCUUUACUCAGCUUGUAUUGGGCAUACACAGAUUUUUUGUGAUUUUUUUUUUCCAUUUUGCAUCAUAUUAACUUGAUUAAGGAUGUUCCUUUCAGCUGGUGAAUUACUAGUAGAAUAUAUCCUGAGUAUGGCAAAUAAUGUUUUUGUUUUGAAUCAGGCUAUGUGAAAAAGAUCUAGAUUUUAGGAAUAUUUCAGCAUGCAUGAGUUGUUUAUUUUUUUUUUCAUGGUGUGAUCCAGAGAACAAUGUGAAAAGUGCAGAUGAUGCUUUCUUUAAUUAAAAAUGAAAUAAUAAAAAUAAAAUAGA